AUGUCGACGGCUCACAACCGCUUGGUGGCCGACUUAGAUACUAUGGGAUUUCAAGUAGAAGAAACACAAAGCUUUGGAAACGAAGUCACGUCUGCCCUAGCAAAGCUAAAAGAGAAGGAUGUUCGUAUAAUACUGGGAAACUUUAACGAGUCCUGGGCGAGAAGGAUAUUUUGCGAAGCUAACAGACAUGGAAUGUACGGACGGAAGUACCAGUGGCUGAUCAUGGGGACGUACAGCGAGGAGUGGUGGAUGCGCGAGGACGACAUGCCGUGUCCUCUGACGGAUCUGACGGCCGCUCUAGAGGGCUGCAUCCUCACCGACCUGCUGCCGCUCUCCACCAACCGCGAAAUCACUAUCUCCGGCAUUACAGCGGAUGAGUACCAGGCGGAGUACGACUCUCGGCGAGGCAACGAGUAUUCUCGCUUCCACGGCUACACGUACGACGGCGUGUGGGCGGUGGCGCUGGCCAUCCAGCACGUAGCUCACCGCAUCCGGCACUUCCGCAAGAACCAGACCGUUGUCGACUUCCGUUACCGAGACCCACUCUGGGAGCAGCUCUUCCUCGAAGCUCUUCGCAACACCAGCUUCGAAGGCGUUACAGGACCUGUCAGAUUCUAUCACAACGAAAGGAAGGCCAAUAUAUUGCUCAAACAAUUUCAAAAUGGAUCGGAAGUAAAAGUUGGUGAGUUCAAUGGCGUCACAGAACAGUUAGACUUAACAAGGGGACUUCCAAUAAAAUGGCAUGGCAAGUACCCUCCGAAAGAUCGGACAGUUCAGAUCUUUGAACAUUCACAUGUGAACAUUACUAUCUAUUCACUGCUGGCGUCAGCGUCCUCCAUAGGUAUAGUAAUGGCCAUUACAUUCCUGGCCAUUAACAUCACAUAUAGAAAUCAGAGGUAUAUAAAGAUGUCGAGUCCAUAUCUAAACAACCUGAUUAUAAUUGGAUGUAUGUUAACGUACAGCAGUGUCAUAUUUUUGGGACUGGACUCCACCUUAACCAGUGUUGAAUCUUUUCCAUACAUUUGUACAGCGAGAGCGUGGCUUCUCAUGGCUGGUUUUUCACUGGCAUUUGGAUCCAUGUUUUCUAAGACCUGGAGGGUCCAUUCAAUAUUUACUGACGUGAAGCUCAACAAGAAGGUUAUUAAGGACUAUCAGCUCUUCAUGGUAGUUGGUGUCCUCCUUGUUAUCGACCUGGCUAUAAUGACGACUUGGCAAGUGACUGACCCAUUCUACAGGGAAACCAAGACAAUGGAGCCGUAUCCGCACCCGUCGAGUGAAGAUAUACUUAUAGUUCCGGAAAACGAAUAUUGUCAGAGCGAAAGAAUGACGGUUUUCGUUGGCUCAAUUUACGCUUACAAAGGUCUUCUAAUGAUAUUUGGAGCAUUUCUUGCGUGGGAAACCCGGCACGUCAGCAUACCAGCGCUCAAUGAUUCGAAGUAUGUUGGGAUGAGCGUGUACAAUGUCGUCAUAAUGUGUAUCAUGGGAGCUGCAAUCUCCUUCGUUCUCUCAGACAAACAGGAUGCUUCUUUCAUCAUAAUUUCAGUAUUCAUUAUUUUCUGCACUACAGGAACCUUAUGCCUGGUUUUUGUUCCUAAGCUUAUAGAGUUGAAAAGGAAUCCCCAGGGGUCUAUUGACAAACGCAUACGCGCUACACUGCGCCCUAUGUCAAAGAACAGGAGGGAUUCUGCCGCUUCUGAACUUGAGGAGAAACUGAAGGAAGCAAAAGCAACAAAUCAGAAAUACAGGAAGGAACUUCUCGAACGAGAAUCAGAGCUGCAGAUGCUUGUGCGGAGACUGGGUGAUGAAGGGAAGGACAUUCUUGAUUCUGAGGUCAACAUGGACCGUUUAGUUGUUCCUAGACAUGACAUACUAAUGAAGAAAGAAGCGCCUUCCGGCACGGAAACCACAGAAAUCAGCUCAUUGUGCUCAUUAAACUCGUCUCAGGAUGGUGAAUACGUUAACUUGACUGUCGAAAACAUGGCGCUAAGAAAGAAAUCAGUCGGUGGGAAAGCGGCUGCGAGCGCCGCUUCGUGCCCCAGCGAGACCGCUAUAGGCGCUGCUACACAGCCUGCACAUAAACAAAGCCACGAGCUACCUUCAGCGCUGAAAUCGAUUGCGGAACAGAGAACGGCCGAAAGGCAGCAGACGGUGACGCGCGACGACGAUUCUGAGCCACUGAUUCUCCGCUCCAAGGCGGCGGAACACGGCCAGAGCAACGCACACUUCGUACCUGAAAGCGCCGAAGAGGACGCGGUGCGCAAGCCCGGGAAAGUGAGCGCCAUUCCUGGCGACGUACUGGAAGACCGCCCCCGCCUGCCGACGCCGCCGCUCACGCUGUGCAAAGUCGUGUCCUUCGGCGACGUGACGAAUUCCGCUCCGUACACGGAGAGCGAGGCCAUCGUGCCGCCGCCCAGACAGUUCUACGCCAAGCCGCAGGCUUCGGUGGCUCCGUCGCACAGCCGCCAGCCGUCGCACGCGCCACAGCCGGCGACCCCCAAGCAAGCCUGCGCGGCGCAGCAUCACGCGCAACCGGCCAAACAGUACUCGGCUCAGACCGCGCCGCGCCGCCGCUCCAGCGUCAAGAGCACGUCCUCGGGAGGGUCCGCCAACGUGAACGUGGCCGUCAGUGCGCCCAAGCAGAGACGGACUAGCGUUCCCGCCACCCACGUCGCUGCGGAGCCGGCGCCGCCACCGGCGUACGGCACGCCCAGGGCCGCUGUAUUCCAAAAGUAA